AUGUUUCAUCGACCAGAAUGCCGAAAAUACAGACAAUGGAAGCGAGAACAAUCUAAGAAAUCGAAACAAGCUGUCAAGAAAGAGAAGAAAAUAAAACGCAGAGACUCGAUAGCUGAUUGCAUCGAAGAGAACGAAGAAAACAAUGUACCGGAAACUAAACUGAAAGUCACUUUUCGUAAAUGCAAAAAGAAAUUUAGAAUCAGAAAGCCGAGGGCACGAGCAACGUACGUGCUUAAACGCAUUUCACUGGCAGAGAUACUGUUAAAAACUAUACGACCACCGAUAGAAGUUAGAGAACGAUUUCUUAAUCCACGUCAUACUGCUUGCCUGGAAGAUAGCGUGUCAAUAACGGACAUUGCAUUAGAUCCUGCGAGUACCACAAGAACGCCACGAAGACGGGCACCAAGAAGUCGGAAAAGAAGGAAACCAGUUGCAAAGAAACCGUUGAAAGAUGAUGAAAAGACCAAGGGAGACGAAGAAACGAAAGAAGAAAAGACUGAGGACCAGAAGAUAGACGAAAAAGCAACGAAAGGCGAAGUAGAGGACCAGAAGACAGACGAAGAAGUAACGAAAGGCGAAGCAGAGGACCAGAGUACAGAGGAAAAAACAACGAAAAGUGAAACAAAGAAAAGUGUCAACGAUAAAGGAACACGGAAAAGAUUGAGACGCAAAAAGAUUAGAAAGAAGAAAAUUGUGAAAAAAGAUUCUGAAGAAGACAGCGUGUGUGAGAGUAUUUGUUCCUUCGAUAGUCACGUAUGCCUUGCAGGCCUGAAGUUAACAUCCGGCGACAAGAAAAAAAUAAAAGAUUAUCAACGUCAAAUUAAUAAUGAAUCUACGGAAGAAAAUAAUUAUCCCGAUGAUUAAGAGCAUAAAAACAAUACAUGUAUCAUUGGUAUGAGAGUGGAUGUUCACGCGAGAAUGAAGUACUCAGGAAAUGGAAGUAACGAGUUCGAGAAAAAUCUGAUAUCUGAUUGCAAAAACGAUCGAUCAAAUGCAAUAACAGAUUCUGCAUAAGCGGGAUGGAAAAAUUAUCAAGGUAAUGAGAUCAACUUAGGAUAAUCGGUCAUUAGCGAUUCCAAAGAAUCGUAGUGUCCACCUAAUGGAACGCACUAAUCACACCGAUGAUCUAGAAUUAUUGUACGUAAAAGGUGUGUCCCAUUUACACGGUGGAAGAGGUAUGCCUAGUAGGUUCAUGUAACCAAAGAGACUAACGAUUAAUCGCUGAUUUGAAGAUAGAAGACAUAAAUGAUCAAAUGAUUGGACAACGUGCGCAGCUCCUUUGCACUGAGUAAUUGCUGAUCGUCGCUAAUAAUUCCAGUUCUGGCAUUCUAAUCGAAACAAACCACUCCCUCUGAUGUCCUUUGAAAAUUGGAUUCAUGAAUGGAUCAAUGGAUUUGGAGUUAGAAAAUUUGGGCGGACUCUACGUAUCGCGAAGACCUGUUUCCUUAGGCCAUCAGCUGUGGAGAACAGGAUUUUAUAAAAAGACCCUAAUCAAAGAAGAUAUUUUCAUGAGCUACGUGACUGCAUUAAUACAAAUCAGAAUUGAACAAAAUGUAAUUAGGUUACAUUUGUCAUGAUACAGUUACAUGUAAUCACACUGUAAUUGCAUUGUACUCACAUGACAAUUACAUGAUAAUUAAACAAAUAUUACACGCUUUAAAAACUUAUGAUUGUGAUCGUACUUAGACAGUAAGUACCAUAUGUUUAUAGUGUAGUAACAGUCUGAUAAUAUGUAUUUAUAUCGUAACAAAUCCAAUCAUAUUAAAUUUUGCCCAACUUUGAUGAAAAUACAUAUAUCAUUCCAUUAAAAAAAUAUCGAUAACCUUGCAAAAGAUUUUUGGUUAUCAAAAUAUUUACUCCUAGAAAACGACCAAUUUUCUGUGUUGUUUUUUUACGUAUUUUCCAAAAGAUUAAAUAUACAGAGUGUUCGGCCACCACUGGGAAAAAAUUUCAAUGGGAGAUA